AUGUUGAAAGAUCAAAAUAAAGAGGAUAGUUUCUUCGAUAGUCCCGCGUACAGUCUAACCAAGGGAUGCUUGAUACUAUCCGGUGGCUGGCCUUACCUAAGCCCAAGAAAAAGAAAAACCAUAUGGUUCGCGGUUAAUACUUACGUAGCUACCGCCUGGUUCCCAGAGUUGUUUCACAUCAUCGAAAUAAUCGAUCGAACGAGAGAAGUGAUCUACUGCUUGAUGGCGUUUCUCUGCACGUAUUUGUCUUUCGUGUCGUCGAUCAAUGCCGCCUUAAAAUCUCAUUCGAUGAGACGUUUGAUCGAUUCAGUGAGAGAGAAUUGGAACGAUUUGAAGAGCGACGACGAGAGAAAAAUCUUCGCGACGUAUGCCAAUUACGGCAAGCUCUUUACCAUCGGCCUAACAUUCGCUUACUACAUGGUACUACUGUCUUACAUCGUGUUCCCGCUAAUAACGCCAUCGCUACGUUACCUCGACACGGGCAACUGGACGAGACAAGAGAAAAACAUCCUGGAGGUCGAAUACUACGUCAUCGAUCUCCAGGAAUACUACUGGCCGAUAUUCGUUCACGGAUCUCUGGCUUGUAUGGGGGCCGUUUGGUUGAUGCUGGCUUACGACGUUCUUUUCGGCACGGUUGUGCAGCACUGCUGUGGAAUGUUCGCCGUCUUACGGUACAGAAUUCGACAGAUGGACGUUAUACUUCAUAAUUACUCCUACGAUCGGCAGUUGGCCUUGAAAAAAAUCGAGGAAAUCGUGAUGUAUCACCUUGCUUGUCUGGAAUUCGCUCAAAAAAUCGAAGAUUUUUUCUGUUUACAGUUCAUAAUACAGAUAUUGACCAAUACCUUCGUGAUAAGUGUCUGCGGAUCGCAGAUGCACUUGCAGGUCAUACAGCUCGCCGACACAUCUCUGCAAGAGUCAUUCAGGUUUUUAUAUCUAGCCAGUGCGACCGCCUUUCGGCUGACCUUUAUCAAUGUCUUUGGACAGAGCGUGUACGAUCACAGCCUUCAGAUACACGACCAUUUAAUAUACACCAAUUGGUACGAGUAUCCAGUACAAGUGAGAAAAUUAUUCAUAAUUCUUUACAAUAGAAGCGCCGAGCCUUGCAAUCUUACCGCUGCCAAAAUGGUUAACUUAAAUCUAGAUACUUAUUGCAAGCUGUUUCACAUCAUCAAAAUAAUCGAUCAAACGAGAGAAGUGAUCUACUGCUUGAUGGCAUUUCUUUGCACGUAUUUGGCUUUCGUGCUGUCGAUCAAUGCCGCCGUGAAAUCUCAUUCGAUGAGACGAUUGCUCGACUCCGUGAGAGAGAAUUGGCAUAAUUUGAAGAACGACGACGAGAGAAAAAUCUUCGCGACGUAUGCCAAUUACGGCAGGAUCUUCAGCAUCGGCCUAGCAUCCGCUUACUACAUGGUGUUACUGUCUUUCGUCGUAUCGCCACUUAUAACGCCUGCUCUACGUUACCUCGACACGGGCAAGUGGACGAGACUCGAGAGAAACGUUCUGGAGGUCGAGUACCUCGUCAUCGAUCCCGAGGAAUACUAUUGGACGAUAUUCGUUCACGGGUCUCUGGCUUCCAUGGGAAGCGUUUGGUUGGUGCUGGCUUACGACAUUAUGUUCGGCAUCGUCGUACUGCACUGCUGCAGCAUGGCCAUGAAGCGCAGUGAAAACUUUGAGAGGAUUCUGCAGGUCAUACAGCUUGCCGACAUAUCUCUACAAGAAUCAUUCAGAUUUGCUUUUCUGGCCAGUGCAACCGCCUUUCGGCUGACCUUCAUCAAUGUCUUUGGACAGAGCGUGUACGAUCACAGCCUUCGGAUACACGACCAUUUAAUAUACACCAAUUGGUACGAGUAUCCAGUACAAGUGAGAAAAUUAUUCAUAAUUCUUUACAAUAGAAGCGCCGAGCCUUGCAAUCUUACCGCCGCCAAAAUGGUUAACUUAAAUCUAGAUACUUAUUCAAAGCUAAUGAAAACGGCGAUGUCAUAUUUCAUGAUGAUUAUUCAAACACUAUAA